AUGGAGCUUCCUCCCAUACCAGGACCCAGGCUGCGACCUUACAAGUCACCAGAUGGCAUCGUCACGCCUCAUAUCGAGUUUAUUCAAGAGCUUGGUCAAGGUCUGCAUUCCAUUGUUUGGAAGGUGAAGAUGAACGGCAAAGCCUUUGCGUUAAAGCUUUUUAAACGCAUGUCUGUCUCGGAUAAUAUGUACCGUGCAGAUAUGCCUGGUUCCGGCAAAAUGGAUUAUUUUGGCCUCGACUGGGAUACGAUCACUUAUCAAUGCCUGCCAUUCUUCAGCGAAUGUCGUGUUUAUGGUCGCUUGAAAGAAACUCGAAACGAAGACCUGGCCGUCAAGUGUUACGGAUACCUUAUUCUCGACGAGUCUUACUCAGAAUCAAUGAGAAAAGCAGGCAUCAAGGAAAGAUGUUUAAUCGACGACGACUAUUUUUGGCAGUGGCCUGAGGAAGACGCUCCACCAAGUCCCUAUCCCGCUCGGGCGCUUGUGAAAGAACUAAUGGACCCCGAAGUCACAUUUCUCCCAGGGGAUGUCGCGCGCAUGAAGCGAGAUCUAGUGAGGCUUCACCGUAUCGGCAUCGUACAAGGUGAUAUCAAACAAGACGCUUAUCUCAACGCCCGCUUGACUGAUUUCAGUCGCUCUCGGACUGUGCCACACUUCCUCCUAGAUAAGGCAUUGGCAUACCUGUCCAUAAAGAAGAUCGAGGCACACACUAUAAACGAUUAUUUCCACUUCGAUGAGCAGCUGGAUUGCUAUGAUUUGGGUGGCGGGCCGCGUAUCGACGACAGGAUAUUGCUGCAAACCUCGAGAUAUAACCUCCGAAAAGCACCUAGCAGAGCCGAAAUGGAGCGACGUUCUAUCAAAUUUUUUGCUGAUCGAUACAAGUGGAAGCCCUCACCUGAGGAUGUCGUAGCUUUCGGUCUAAAAAAAGAAAAAUCUACCAAAUGGCUUCGCGGGAAAGGAAACGACAAAACGGAGGAGGUCCCGUGUGAGGCCAGAGAAGAGUUGGUGUCAAGUAGUGAGAUCUGA